CAGCUCCACAUUCAAAACACUGAAAUCAUAAUUUUUCAGUUUGAUUCAGUAAAGCAUUUCAGCAGAUCAUGGACCAAGGUGAUCAGAUGAAUGAGUUGCGGCUUCAGUUCGAAAUGCUGCAGAAACAGCAGGAGAAAAGAAAGCUGGAUAGGAUAAAAGAAAAGGAAACAAAUAAGCUGAAUGUCAAUGUUACACAAAAUGAUUUGGAUCAAUUGAAGGAAGACAUUCAGGCAGAUAACCUGCCUGCAAAGGACAGACUUGUGCAGAAUUUGUUUGAGCAGCUGAGAGAGCUACAAGAUGAAAAUGGUCGUCUCUUCAAACUUCUCGAAGAAAAGGAUUUUGAAAUUAAAUACCUGAAGAAGAAAAGAGAAGAGGAACGCCUGGCUUUAGCAGGCACGUCUGACUUGGCUGGAGACAUAGCAGCCACCAAGAUUGUUGAGCUGUCCAAGAAGAAUCGAGAGCUGAUUGCUGAAGUUGAGCAAGGAAAGAUAAAGUCAAAGCAAAACAGCAUCAAAAUCAAAGAGCUUGAGAAAGAGCUGCAGUCUGCGUUGUUGCACGUUUCCCCUGGGCAAAAAACAACCUCCCGGCAACUCAAUCUAACUAAUGUAUCUCAAAAGCAAGAAAAUCCAGCAGUGAAAUCUCUGCAGGAAAAAUUAACUGCAGCUCAGCGGAAAGCGGCUGAUUACCGAAACCAGAUUCAAUCUGGCAAACAGGAGUUAAAAGUCGCUCAAAAGGUUUUAGUCAGUGAGGUUGGAGAGCAGGUCAACCUUCAACAGUUACUGAGCUGCCCGGGCAGCUUUAGAGGCCGUGCUCAACAGAUUCUGGCUCUUCAGACGAGGGUGCGGGACCUCGAGCAGCAGCUGAAGCGGUCGACUCAGCAGCAACAUCCAAGUGUCCAGACAGAGGAAAAGUCUCUGGGCACGGGGCUCCCUCUGGAAACCGCUCCUCACCAGAAGAACCUCAACUACAUCCGCAAAAUCAAGAAUGAGAAGCAGAGGGAGUUUGAGAGGAUCUUGGUGGAAAAUAAGAACCUCCAGAAAGAAAACACGGAUGUGAAGCAAAAGCUGGAAGCCUCAAGAGUCAGAAACAAAAUUCUGUCUACUGAAACGCAAACUCUGAAGGACCAAGUUUUCACUCUGCUGGAUAAAGGCAAACAUGAUAAUGAGCUGGUGGAUUCUUUGCUGAAGAGGCAGGACCAGAUGCAAGAGGUGCUCCGCAAACAGAUCCAGCAGAUCCAGCAGAGCCAGCAGAACAGUGAACUUGCAUUGCAGAACAGUAUCUUGAAGAGUCAUAUAGCUGCUGUUGAUAAUACAUCAGUCAAAAAAUCACAAGGGAAAAUCCGGCUGCCGCCCGUCAAGGAAGAGAGCGAGGAAGCUGAAAUCCAGCCUCAAGACAAUUUGUCCUUCAGGCUUUUCCCAGAAGAGGGAGACAUUCACAAGAGAAUAACAUCUUCAUGUUCACUUUCAAAAUUGGACCAGGAACGAGUGCAGCCUGCUGUGAAAAGUAGAAUUCCAGUAAAUGCAAAGCAAUUUUAACACCUUUCCAGAUACUUUUUUAACUAACUACUUACUGACUGUAGUGAAUUUAUUAAGAGCCUA